AUGGGGCGCAGCGCAUGGCUACCGCCACCCGAAUCUGACCCGUCGGCGCUCCGCCUCCUCGUUUAUCAGCAGUCCGGCUCCAAGGGCGGUGUCGUGUUGUACGACUCGCUUGCUGGGAGCUCACCGUCGCCGUCGCCGACUCCCUCGCCGCCGGGUUCGCCGUCGCGUGGCACUGACGCCACCGGCCUCCCUCCCCGCCGCCGCCCCAUCUCUGCAAUGUCUGCAUCUGCUGCAGCCGCUCGCGGUGGCCGCUCCUCGCGCGGCUCAUCGGUUGCCUCAUCCACAACAUCCGCAAAGCGCCCCCCGGUUCCACCACGGUCGGCUGCGGGCGCGGCGCAUACCGGCGGUGCGACCACGCCGCCACGCUCGCGGCCACCGUCGAUCAUUCCCGAGAUGAUGUUUGGUGCCACACCGCUCUUGACCAAGGGUGACAACAUCAAGAUCCACGUUCUCCGCCACCCGCGUCGAGUCCUGGUCUCCUCUGUCCUCACGGUGACCGUCACACUUCCACCACAGCGUGUCCGCUCGCGCGCCUCCCGCCCGCGCUCCGGCUCGUUCACUGACUCGGCGCUCAAGUGCGGCUCACGGUCGUCGUUCCGCAUGUCGCCGUACGCCACCUGUUCCUCGUCGUCCGGCACCGCAGCGUCGGCAUCGGCUACCCUGCGCACCCGCUCGGCCUCGGCUCGCUCGCCGCGCUCACCCAACGCGGCGCUCCAGGCAGCACGCGCCGCCGCCGUCACCAAGGUCCGCUCCCGCUCGCCGAGCGACGGCAAGUCGCCUUCAAGUGGCAAGCCGGCCGGCGAUGAAGACGAUGACGAUGAUGACGACUACAUUCUGCUCCCACCGCGAGUCCUCCGCACCAACUUUGCGCUCGGCAUCUUGUUUGAGGUGGAGCACGCGCCCGCGCUCGAGCGGCUUGUCUUUGCCCACUUUCCGCUCCUCGAGUGCAUGUUGGCGAGCCUUCGUCGCGAGCUCCUCCCGGUCCUCACAGCCAUGGUCCACCACCCGCUCCGUGUGCUCGGUCUGGUGGACGAAGCUACCGCAGCGGCGGCCGCCGCCGCUGUCGCAACUCCGGGCUUUCCUGUCUCGUGCUAUGCGGCGUCAAAGCGGAGCCUCGGCGGCGCAUCGCGGUCGCAGCUCCCGCGACUUGCGCGCGGCGCGCUCUUCCGCACACCUCCGCUCCCGCAGCUCCUUGUCGCGACCCUUGACAGUGUGUGGCGGCUGUACACUGCGCCGCGGCUCGCCGAGCCGCUCUGGCUCACGGUGGUGGCCUUUCCCAGCGCCCGCAUGCGGGCGCUCUCUGAGUUGAUGGAGCACCUGCUGUGGGCGGCGUCGGGCGUGCUUGCUGGACCCAAGGCCCAGACUCGCUCACGCAGCUUUCUCGCCGCCGCCAUCACCGCUGUUCUCACCUCGCAUCUCGGAUGGGUUAGCACUGUUGCGCCGGCAGGCUUUGAGCUCGACGCCCUCGCCCGGCCGCACAUUGGCUACCGCCAUCGCCCACACUCGGACCCGGGCCUUGCCCAGCUGUGCGAGCUGUUCGGCAAGGGCGGCGGACGAAGCAUGGUGUCGCGGACUGUGGUCGUCGGCAAGGACAAGGCCAAGGUCCUCCGCCUCAUGGCCGUCCUCUCGUACUUUAUUCGCUCCGGCGAAGUCUUCCAGCGCCUCAUGGAGAUGGCACCGUUCUCCGAGUCGGACGCGGUCGAUUCGCCGGGCUCAGCCGUCUCGUUCACCACCGAGCUCGACGCCGAUGUGGCUACCGACGCUGGCACACCCGCCGGGAGCGACGCCGACGAGCCGCCUGCCGCUGACGUCACUACCGCAGCGUGGUCGGUUGUCGGCCGCAGCGUUGACGUCGAUGCCACCGACGCGACCCCCGACGCCGACGAAGCACCUGUGCUGCGCAACAGCGACGGCAAGUCCUCAGGCGCAUCACUCGACCUCGAGUCUGCAGCCAAGGCUGCGCGGCGAGCCGAGCUGGUCGAGGCCACGCUCCGCGCGCUGCCGGACGCGACCCGUCAGCGACUGAGCGUUGUCCCGAUGCCCGGAACCGCGUACGAGGCGGUGGUCCCGGCAGCCGGAGCCGGCGAGAAAACAAGCGCGCUGCCAGCGCCGGACUUGCGGACCGCCAGUCUUGGGCGGGCGCUGUUUGGCGGGUACCUUGCCAAGUUUGCCCCCGAGUUUGUGCUUUCUGGCGUGCCGCGGUUCGACGUGGUCGAGCACAGCAACGCCGAGCUGCACUCAGAGCUCACCCGGGUGCUCCACAAGAAGGAUCCCGAGUUUGGGUCGGAGCUUGUGCUAGUCGACAUUGACGCUGGCAGUGUCUCACGGCUGGCGCUCUGCACACCAACCGAGACCGCCAACGCCUCGCCAAACGCCAUGGACCUAGUCCUCCAUCCGGUGGUUGCGGCCGAGCACAUCAGAGCAACGCUCGACGCGGUCGUUGCCUUUGCCUCCUUGGACAUGCCGCCCGACUCGGCUGUUGUGCUCAUCGAAGACCGACUGCAGGAGGCUUUCCUCAAGGCGCGUCUGGUGGCGCAGGCAGCCGAGGCGCUUGUGACCGCCGACGCCGCGGCCGGCCCGAGCUCGGGACUCUCGCUGGCGCUGGACGGCUCGCGCGGGGCGCAGAGAGUGGCAGUGACACCCGAGGAGCUCGCGAACAGGCUCCACUAUCCGCCAUCGGACAUCCCGCUUCUCUUUGCGGCGGGCUCGCUCGUCUCGCCCAAGUGCUCUCGGGCACUGAUCGACCUUGCGCCGCUGGCGGAUGAGGCGCCGCAGCGAGUCGAGCGCGACGCCAUCAUGGCGUGGCGGGCCAAAAUGGCAGAGUACGAGGCGUAUAUGUAGUUGGCUGUCGUGUGUAUUGCGGCUCUGCUGCUAUGAGGUUUGCGACGUUGCAGCCGCCUUGGCCUCGGCCGUCUUUGCCUUGGCGUCGGUGACAGCGUUGGCAGUGAGGACGCCCUUGGAAAUGGCGAGCUCGAGAGUUGCUGGGUCGAUGGGCGGGGCCGCCGCGUGUGCAGCGGAUGUAGGCGGGCUGCCGCCGAGCGCAUCGGACGACGGGCCGUAGGGCAUGAAGAUGACGCCGCCUUCGCGGGCCAUCUGGCGCAGAGUGUCGAGGUAGUCAACUGUUGUGGCAAUGCGGGCAGCCUCGGUGGCAUCAACGCCCGAGGCAGCAACAAACUCUGCGACGGAGCGGUUGUAGCCGGCCAUGAUGGCCUGGCGCAUGGCAGCGAUGCCCUCUCCCUGCACUCUUUGCGCUGCUUCUCGGCCUCUGCGCGCGCGACAAGCUCGAGCCGCUCAGCCUCGGCAGCGUGGAGGGUGGCCUCGCGCUCGCGGUCGGCAAUGAGGACAGCGUUCAUAGCUUUGCGGACGGCAGCCUCGGGCGUGAUGCUCACCACCGACGUCGAUUCGACGGUCACGCCGUACUUGGACGCCCACGGGUGGAGCGUCUCCUCGACUUCGGCCACCAGCAUGUGCUCCGACUCGAACAGCUGGUCGAGAGUGACCUGCGAGGUUGUCGAGCGGAUGAGGUUCAUCGUCCGCGCGGUGAGAAUCUCCUUGAAGUCGUCGAUGUUGUACACAAAGGCACAGACGUCCUCCUCGUUGGCCCGCAUCCGCACCGCGUGCUGGAUGUCAACGCUGGCAAACGCGCCGUCCUUGGUCUUGCUCCACGACUGGACGUCGAUGAGCUCAACUCGGGUCGACAACUCGGGCGAAAUCUCGGUCACAAACGGAAUGUAGAAGUGGAGGCCAGGCUCAAGCACAGCCUUAUACUUGCCAAAUACCUCCUUGGUCUUGACUGUCCCUGUGUGGACGCGAGUCAGAAAUGUCCGUGCCAUCACCCGCGAUGCCGCAGCGCCGACAGCCGGCGCCAAGGCCGACGCAACAGUCGGUGCCGCAGCUGCUGCCAGCGGCAGCAUGGUUCCCAAUCGGAGCAUGAUUCCAGUCUUCUAGCUAUGGCUACAAACGUCGCCGGCGGCAACGCUACACAAGCAGUGCGGGUUUUGUCAAGGUAGCGGGAAAAAACUGUGACGCGUUAGACGCGUAAAAAAGAGAGGUCCACGAAAAA